AUGUUAUCUGCGCUGAUGAGCUUAUUGAGGGCCUGUUUUCGGCCGAGUUCCGAUCAUUAUGGUCACUCGAAUCCGGAAACCAGUGGUCGACAAGACGGGCUGUUGUGGUACAAGGACCAUGGGCAGCAUGUGAAUGGCGAGUUCUCUAUGGCAGUAGUGCAGGCCAACAAUUUGCUUGAGGACCAGAGUCAGCUUGAGUCAGGAAGUCUGAGUUCACACGAUUCUGGUCCAUUUGGUACUUUUGUUGGUGUUUAUGAUGGGCACGGAGGCCCUGAGACAUCUCGCUAUGUCAAUGAUCACCUCUUUCAGCAUCUAAAGAGGUUUACUUCAGAGCAACAGUCUAUGUCAGCAGAUGUAAUACGAAAAGCAUUUCAAGCAACGGAGGAGGGCUUCCUUUCGGUUGUGACGAGGCAAUGGCCGAUGAAGCCACAGAUUGCAGCAGUUGGUUCUUGCUGCCUGGUGGGUGUUGUUUGCAAUGAAAACCUUUACAUAGCCAACCUUGGUGAUUCCCGGGCUGUUUUGGGUAGAGCUGUGAAGGCGACAGGUGAAGUUUUGUCCAUUCAGCUGUCAGCUGAGCACAAUGCUUGCUAUGAGUCUGUAAGGCAGGAGCUGUUUUCUAUGCACCCUGAUGACUCAAAUAUUGUGGUUUUAAAGCAUAACGUAUGGCGUGUGAAAGGUCUUAUACAGAUUUCCAGAUCCAUAGGUGAUGUAUACUUGAAGAAGGCUGAGUUCAACCGGGAGCCUCUAUAUGCGAAGUUUAGGCUUCGGGAACCAUUCAAAAGACCUAUACUGAGUGCUGAUCCCUCCAUUUCAAUACAUAAACUACUACCUGUCGAUCAAUUCGUCAUUUUCGCAUCUGAUGGCCUGUGGGAGCACCUCAGCAAUCAAGAGGCAGUCGAUAUAGUUCAGAAUCAUCCGCGAAGCGGGAGUGCAAGGAGACUGGUAAAGGCUGCACUACAAGAAGCAGCAAAGAAGAGGGAGAUGAGGUACUCAGACUUGAAGAAGAUCGACCGUGGGGUUCGUCGCCAUUUCCAUGACGACAUCACCGUGAUCGUAUUGUUCCUCGACUCGAACCUUGUGAGUCGGGCCGCGUCCAAUGGUGGCCUCGGAAACAAGAUCUCGAACUUAUCUGUUAGAGGGGGUGGAAUCAGCCUCCCUUCAAACACACUGGCUCCUUGCACUGCUCCAUCAGCCACCUGA